GGCGGCGGCAACUCCUCCUCCUGCCCCUGCCCCUUUCGCGGAGUCCCUCCGCAGUAGAGCCCAGCCUCCGCCUCUCCGCUCCUUCGCUCGCUCCUCCUUAUUGACAAAUACACAAAGGGCCGCGCCGGGCUGGAGAGGCGUCUGGAGCCGGCAUGGGAGACAAGAAGAGCCCCACAAGGCCGAAGCGGCAGCCGAAACCCUCUUCAGACGAGGGCUACUGGGACUGCAGCGUGUGCACCUUCCGGAACAGCGCCGAGGCCUUCAAGUGCAUGAUGUGCGAUGUGAGGAAGGGCACCUCCACCCGGAAACCUCGACCUGUCUCUCAGCUGGUUGCACAGCAGGUUACUCAGCAAUUUGUGCCCCCUACACAAUCAAAGAAGGAGAAAAAAGACAAAGUAGAAAAGGAAAAAAGUGAAAAGGAAACUACUAGCAAAAAGAACAGUCAUAAGAAAACCAGGCCCAGGUUGAAAAAUGUGGAUCGAAGUAGCGCCCAACACUUGGAAGUUACUGUUGGUGAUCUGACAGUCAUUAUUACAGACUUUAAAGAAAAAACUAAGUCACCACCUGCUUCCAGUGCAGCUUCUGCAGAUCAGCACAGUCAGAGCGGUUCUAGUUCUGACAAUACAGAGAGAGGAAUGUCCAGGUCAUCUUCACCUAGAGGAGAAGCCUCAUCAUUGAAUGGAGAAUCUCAUUAAAGUUUAUUUACCAGAGUUUCUUUAGUCUUUCUUCUCCAAAACUUGCAAAUAUACACAACUUCUGCCAACAGUUACCACAUUUUCAUGACUUGGUAUUACCAUGCACGAUUUGUAUGUUUACUCAAAUAUGAUUUAUGCAGUUUUAUACAAGCAAAGCGCAACAGUAAAUUAAAUUUUAUUACAACCUACAACACAUUUCAGAUUAACUUUUUAAUCUUCAUAUACAAAGGUGCCAUGAAAAUGUGGUUUGAAUGUUCUUGAUGCAGUGUUACUGGUAAGUCCAUUUCUACAUUUAGUUUAAUGAAUUUUAACACAACUCUUGGAUUCUAUACUAUUGGCAUGUACUGAAUUAAAAAUAUAACAUAGUUCAAGCUGCCUACAUAUGUAUUAUUUGAGAAUUGUGAAACAUAGUUAUAUGUAUGCAAGUCAAAGAUCAACUUAAUCAACUAUUGCUGCAAAAGACUUUCGUAAUGAUUAUCUUUAAAACACCUGCUGGUACUUGGUGUGGUUGAACAGGAAAAAUGUUAUUAAAUAAAACAUUUGUAUGAAUUUUUGCCAAUGUCUGACACAUUUUACUAGAUUACUGUUACUGAAUUACGUUGCUGGCUUCUACAGUAUUUUUCUCACACAUUUAGAACAUCUAUUGUACUGUUUACAAGCAAAAACAAAACAAAAAAUACCCCACAAAAAGUAAAUCUGUUACAAGCAUUAAUUGUUUAGCUUUAUAAUUCAAGUAUAGUACUACCUUGUCCUUAAACACUGGUAUUCUAUUUUAUAGAACAUGAAUUAUUCUGAAAUUAUUAGGUAAUUUCUGUUUUGUUUUCUUUUAAAAACUAGAUUUUAAUAUUUAAUUACUGUUGAUACCUUAAAAUCCAAAACAUAUUAUUCUCAUAUGGCUUAUUCUUCUUUUGUCCUCCCAAACUUGUUCAGUGUUAUAGUGAUAUAUCAGUUCAGCUAAAGGCUGGGAUCCAAAGAGGCUCUUAAGUUUGUAAAAGAGUUUUAAUGCAGUCUUGUGGUUUCCUUUUUCUUCUUUAGCCAUAGCUCUUUGUACUGCAUCAGAGACUAUUCCCAAUGAUCUUCUGUAUUUUGGGAGUGGGUGGUACAGGGAAUUGCAGCUGAAAGAGGUAAGCCUUGGAAGCCAUGGGUGUGUGUGUGUGUGUGUGUGUGUGUGUGUGUGUGUUGGUGUGUGCGCGUGUGUGCGCACAUAUAUAUAUGAAUGAAAAAAGGUGUGGGAGCUCCCUGUGCAGCCUUUUGGAUCCAGGCCAGUGAUAUUAAAUGUUGCACCUGAGUGAAUAAGUAAGCAAGUAGUGUAUAUAGAUCAUUUGUUCCUAUAUCAGCUGUUUGCUUUUUAAAGAAAAGAACCUUUAUUAAAUAUUAUAAAGCAAAUCAUAGGAAAAAUACAGUUGUUUCUGAUAUAGUUGUGAACAUUUAUGCAUUUAGCAAUAUAUAGAUACAGAACAAAAAGAUUUAACAGUCCCAUUCGGUAUUAUGUAAACUUUCCAAUAAAAUAUUUUUAUGAGUAUA